GGCGUUGCUUGUGCGACCGAAGGGGAGGGAAGAUGGCGGCCGGCGGCGGAGGCAGCAGCGGCGGGGGCAAGGCCUCGUCUUCGUCCUCCUCUUCGUCGUCGUCCUCCUCGUCCUCGUCCUCCUCGUCGUCGGGCGCGCCGGCCCUGCUGGAGGCCACGCUGGAGAGGAAGCUGCAGGCCCUCACCAACACCAUGGAGUCCAUCCAAAGCCUCUCCUCCUGGUGCCUGGAGAACAAGCGCCACCACGCCGCCAUCGCCCACCUCUGGAUGAAGGCCAUGAGGAGAGCCGCCUUCCCUCAUCGCCUGAACCUUUUCUACCUGGCCAACGACGUCAUACAGAACUGUAAGCGGAAAAACGCCAUUGUGUUUCGUGACACGUUUGCUGAAGUGCUCCCGGAAGCAGCCACCUUGGUGAAAGAUCCCUCGGUUGCUAAAUCCAUAGAAAGGAUCUUUAAAAUCUGGGAGGACAGAAACGUGUAUCCCGAAGAAACCAUCGUUUUGCUGAAGGAAGCUUUAAGUUCCACUUUCAAAACUCAGAAGCAGCAGCAGAAAGAAACUCAGAGCAAACAGCCAACUAAGUCAUGGAAGAAAUCUCAAACCUCUGUGAAUCCCAAAGUCGCUCUGAAGUCCAAGAUCGUUGCGGAAUUCCGACCGCAGUCCCUGGUCGACGAGCUGCUCCGGCACAAGCAUUCCGAGGACCAGAUCGAGCUGAAGGAGAAGCAGCUGGCCACCAUGCGGGUGGACGUGUGCAGCACUGAAACGCUCAAGUGCUUGAAAGACAAAACGGGAGGGAAGAAGUUCUCCAAAGAAUUUGAGGAAGCGAGCGCAAAGCUGGAAGAAUUUGUGAACAGCUUAGACAAGCAAGUGAGAAACGGCCCUUCCUUGACAGAAGUGCUGGAAAACGCAGGGAUAUUUUACGAGGCGCAGUACAAGGAGGUCAAGGUGGUCGCCAACGCUUACAAAACGUUUGCCAAUAGAGUGAACAACCUCAAGAAGAAGCUGGAUCAGUUGAAGGCCACCCUCCCCGACCCCGAGGAGUCUCCUGUCCCGUCACCGAGCAUGGACGCCCCCUCUCCCACAGGCUCCGAGUCUCCCUUCCAAGGGAUGGGGGAAGAGGACAACUCCCCGUCGCCGCAGGUGGAAAGGAAAAAGUCGCCUUCUCCGGAGCCUGCAACAGACAACAAUGACGUUGAGGACAUGGAGCUGUCUGACAUGGAAGAGGAUGCCCCGAAGAUUAUCGUGGAAGAGAGAAAGGAGAGCCCGGCUGCUUCUGUGCCAGCCACUCCCAAGGUGACCGACAGCGUCCCGAAAGCAUCUCCAGCAGCCGUGGCGCCGGCGGUGGGAGGGGUGGCGGCGGCCGCCGCUGCAGGUGCCACGACUCACGCUCCAGCCCCCGUCACCCCUCCAACACCAAAGCCAGCCAACCCUGCGCCCCUCCCUCCAUCGCCGGCGCUUGCUCUGCCCAACCUCGCCAACGUGGACCUGGCCAAGAUCAGCUCCAUUCUAAGCAGCUUGACCUCCGUGAUGAAGAACACAGGGGUCAGUCCUGCCUCAAGACCUUCUCCAGGUACCCCGACGAGUCCGACGGCGCUGACGGGUGGCUUGAAAGCGCCACUUGCGGGCGCCCCGUCUGCGCCCCCAAACCCACUGGCAAAUAUCCUCUCCAAAGUGGAAAUAACCCCCGAGAGCAUCCUCUCUGUGCUCUCCAAAACCCAGACUCAGGCGACACCGACUCUGCAAGGCUUGUCCUCCUUUCUCCAGAGCGUUGCCAGCAACACCGCCCAGCCGAGCGAGAGCGCAUCUCAGAGCACCGCUGCGUCUCCCGCCACCACAGCGGCCCCUUGCGUCAAAGGGAGGAGUGUUUCUUCCAAUGCUCAGUCUUUCGUGCCGCAGGGUUUUGCUUAUUCUCCCAACUCUUCUUCUUCGGAGGUUUCUUCCACAUCUGUCAACAAGGCUCCCCUCGGCCAUAGCCCAGGGCUUCCCAGUUCCAGUUUUAAACCCCCUGCCAACACCUUGGGUUUUGCCAGCUCCCAGACUGGCAGCCCUUCCCUUCGGCCAGCAGAGAACCCGCUGAGCCAGUCUUCCGAAAUUUCGGAGACGAAAGUGGAGUCUGAACCGACUUCUCCUAGCCUGGAAAUGAAGAUACACAACUUCCUCAAGGGCAACCCUGGCUUCAGCGGCUUGAAUCUGAACAUCCCGAUUUUAAGUAGCUUGGGAUCCGCCGUGCCACCCGAGAGCCAUCCCUCCUCCCCGGAUUUCAGCCGAGGGCCCACGAGCACUUCAAUGGACAGCAUAGACGGCACUCCUGUUCGCGACGAGCGGAGCGGAACGCCGACUCAGGACGAGAUGAUGGACAAACCCUCAUCUAGCAACGUCGACACUCUCUCCCUGCUCUCAAAGAUAAUCAGUCCAGGCUCUUCUACGCCUAGCAGCACCAGGUCCCCUCUUCAGAGCAGAGAGGACAGCUAUCCCCAAGAGCUCUCUAAUUCUUCAUACAGGUCUUUCGGGAUGGGUAGGGAUUCUCCGGCCAGCAUGUACAAACAGUCCUCUGACAGCAUGGAAUUACCUUCCUCCUUAAUGGACUCCCCUCAGGAAAAGUUCUACCCUGACACUUCCUUCCAGGAGGACGAAGAUUACCGUGACUUCGAUUAUUCUGGCCCUCCACCCUCUGCCUUGGUCAACCUGGAGAAGCAACCGGGAAAAUCUAUCCUGAAAUCUGGUAAACUUGCUGAUUCUGCGGAGUACCAGCCAGUUCUGCCUGGAUACAGUCAAAGGACCUCUGGAUUUGGCAUCAAAUCCUCUUUCCCUCCGUCGGUGAGAUCUCUUCAUGACCAGAGCGAAAGCUGCGAUCCGUUGUCCUCUCCUGGCAUGUAUGGGAGUUACAGUUUACGGGGGAACGACUCCGGUUCAGACGCAUCCCCUACGCCGAGUAAGAACGAUGCUUUUUUCAGCCCGGAUUCCAAUCACAACAGCUUGUCCAAACCGAUGCCACACGCCGGCCUAUCGCAGAAACAGUAUCCAGAUUCCCCUCAUCUGGUUCCACACAGGUCGUCGCUCUUCUCAUCCCAGAAUGCACUCUUGACUCCAGCUAGCACGGAUAAACCUGUAGCGUCUUCCAUCUCAGCCACUUCAACCAUUGAGUUUAAGAACAUGCUCAAAAAUGCAUCUCGAAAGCCCUCUGACGAUAGCAAGCAUUUUAGCCAGGGCCCAAAGGGGGGUCCCAGCGACGGUCCCAACCUCAGCCAGGCGGGUAUUUCUGCCAUAGAGCAGCAACAAGAGGAGCAUUACCGGAUUGAGACCAGAGUCUCUUCCUCGUGUCUUGAUUUGCCCGAUAGCACUGAAGAGAAAGGAGCCCCUAUAGAAACCUUAGGUUACCAUAACGCGUCCAACAGGGGGAUGUCCGGGGAGCCCAUUCAGACGGUCGAGUCCAUCAGAAUUCUCGGGAAAGGGAGCAGAGGACACGGGCGCGAAGCCGGCAGGGCGGGGUGGUUUGAGAUGAGCAGUGCAGGGAGCUCCUUCGACAAUGGGCCUUCGAGCGCCACGGAGAUGCCUGCCAUGGGCGCCGGCGGCAGCGUGUCCAGCUUCCAGACCCAGUACAAAGACCGCGGGCCGCCGUUUCAAGAGAGCGUGAACACCUUCAGAACAAACAGCUUUAGCGCUUCCUUUGACCGUCACGUGCCACCGCCACUCGGGCCGCCUCCCAUGGAGCAUGGGACUUCCUUCCCAAGGGACCAGUUGGGGCCGCCUCCUGCGGGGCCUCAGUCUCUUCCACCACCGAAGGAUCUCAGCAGCAUUUUCCCCAGGGAUCACUCGGUCCCCCCUCCACGCAUGCCAUCAGUGGAUCACGCUAGCCCUUUCUCGAAAGAACCGCCAUCCCCUCUGUCCUUGCCUCACGGCGUUCCUCCGCCCCCGCCUCCUUCCUUAGAACGUGGGGGAGUCCCAUUUCCCAAUCAGCCGCCCCCUCCUCUCCCCGUGGAACGCCCCAGCGUCCCUUUCUCCACCCCUCCGCCACCUCCUGGGGAUCUCGGCCUCCCAUUCCCCGCUCCUCCCCUCGCCGCAGACCACGGGGUCCCGUUCAGCAAGGAUCUGGGUGCCGUUCAUCAAGGGACAAUGAAAGAGCAUUUUAACAUACAGUCCGGAGCAUCCCGGGACCAAGGCACCCAGCCUCAGCGCGACCACGGCGGUCAGUCCCUUGGUCGAGCUCGAGAGAACGUGGUGGGCUUGUCGCCCCUUGGAAGAGAUCCUCUGGGGCCAACCCUUAAUGUCGGAUCCUCUGUCCUCUCUCACAGGGACAACACAAACCGAGGUGGGCUGGGUGUUAGGAACCAGCGGCCAGACUUUAGGCCUAGGGAGUCGUUCUUAAAUAGAGACCCCUUUAACAACUUAAAAAGGCCUCGGCCCCCGUUUGCCCGGGGCCCGCCGUUCUUUGCACCAAAACGCCCCUUCUUCCCUCCCAGGUACUGAAUGAAGGUGUUUCCGGAACUUUCUAGAGAGCAGUGGAAGUAGCGCUUUCACUUUCAUUUCAAUUUUCCUCCCCUAAAGGGCCCCACAACAUUUUUGGUUCUGAAUUAAGGUAUGUUCUGUGCUACAACAUAUAUAUACCUAUCUAAAUAUAUAUAUCUAUCACAUUCUGUUGGUUUCUGCGGGGGAGGGGGGAGGGGUUAGUUGUUGGCCUAAAAUGUAGGGGGUGCUGCAAAAUAAUUUAAGAACUAAUCUUAAAUUUGUUGAUGAACUAAUAAUAAAGAAAAACUUUCAGUAGCUACAAAUAAUUAAUCUACCAUGGGGAUUUUUUAAAGCCAGUUCCCCAGACCGGAGCCUAGGAGAGAGGCGGAAGUCAUGGAGGAUCCCGCACAGACAGGGGAAGGGAGGUCCAAGUUCUAAAGAAUUCAGAGCCUGUCUUUUUUCCCUGGCGACUGUCACCCGUCCUGAGCCUGCCUUUUUGCCCCCACUUGCUUCAGCUCCUCCCCUCAGUGGUUUGUGCUUCUUUUUCUCCUUGGUGCCCGUUGGGAGCUCAUAUGGGGCGUUUUCACCACCGGAGCAAAAAAGGGAGAGGGGCGGCCAUCUUUGCAUGCUAAUCCUUUCCUUUCUCGCAGCCCUUUUUAGGUUCCUAAAAAGUUCCCCUCCGUUUCUCAGUUUGGUUAGAGUAGCACGACCUCGACAUCAGCCUGGAAUCUGCCCAGGUAGACGGGCGGUCUGAUCAGCCAGUCUCAGGUGGUAGAACACUAGGGUGGUGGUGGGGGAGCCUGUUCCUUCCCCCUUGGCCUGCAGUUGCUGUGCUUCUCGCUGGCUGAGGCUCGUGGGGGCGGAAGGGGGGGGGGGAGUGCACGACGGGGUGGUUUGGCCUGUUGCUUCGUUCCUCUAGUUCCAUAUUUACUCCUUGGUUCUAGCCAAAGCUUUUCUUUUUGUCCUUCGCACAGAGACAGGCUAGUUGGUAACCCCGGACCUGGAAUGGGCCCUUCACUCGCCAAUCAUAAUUUUAAACAGAAUCCCUAAGGGAGCUUGGUUUUGCUGGCUGCUGUUUGUAGAGGUCUCUCCCCUGGGCGCACUCAGCAGAGGUUUUUUCCUGCUUUCUAAAAAGGAAGCGCACACGAGCUGUUGGGAGAAGCGCCUUUUGGUCUUGACCUUCCAGGUGCGCAUUUAGGUAGCGGGUUUGUACGCUUGCGCUGCUGUCUUGGCUUAGUCCAUUUGCAUCUUCUCCGGGGCCCAGACGGUGGGGCUGGAUGGCUUCUAUUCACCGCACGGCUCUGACACCAGCAUGCUUCUUCUCUGCUGCUUUCCUUGGUGUUGCACGCUAAGCUGAGGGCAGGUUAAGUAUGCAGUAGCGCCAGGCAGAUUCUCUUUCUCUCUUCCGCCCCUCCAACCCUGCCAUCUUUACUCUUCUCGAUAGAUGGCUGUAGGCGUAGACUACUUUUGUGUGAAAACUGGGGUUUUGUUAACAGUUAAUUUUUUUUUUAAAUGCAAUCUUUUAGGCAACUGGGAAGUUGCAUUCCAUUCUGCCAUUUGUGUGUUUGCAACACCCCUUAGAUUGUGUGCGUGCGCACGCAUAUUUAAUUUUUAGCACAGAGGAUAUACCGUUUAUAUACCGAGAGAAUUUCAAACGUCCUGGACUUACGAACGUGUCUUAAUCAAUCUUAUCCCAGACUUCCAGAAGAUGCCAGGUUAGACCACCAAGGUAGCGGGGUGGGAGGGGCGGAAUUCCAUACAAACGCAGGAGAGCCCCGCGACUGUGGGUCUGCUCCGUGGGGCAUCGUCCCUUAAUUAACAGUCGAGUCCUGUUCCAGCCUGGGCCAAAGGGAGCGACAGACUCAACCGAAAGUUCCGCAGGGGCUGCGACAAGACGGAUGAAACGGAACGCCUGGCUGUGGGGAUGAUGGGAAACUCGCGGCGGGGGGGUGUCUGGGACAGGGCGGAGAACUGGCGGCUUUGCUCUUCCGACCUCUCCCCAGAGUGCCCUGGAGGCUGUGAGGGACCUGCUUGUCCUCCACCCCGUAAGGACAGCCACCGGGAGGGCGAGUUCAAGACAGCCCUGCCUUUUUUCUAAACGACGCUGGCUUUUUGCGACUCGCCAGUAUUCUUAACGUUUCAUCUGAAUGUGAGUCACUAGGAAUGGUGCAUUUCUUAGGGGGUUUGGAACAGGACAGUUUAGCAGCCAAUUACGCACCGAGUCAGGGUUACUUUUUCUUAUUUCUUGUUUUUCCCGUUUGAAGACCGACUUCGGAAUUCAAAAGUUUUUGGGUUUUCUACUGCUCAUCCCCCUAAAAAAUGUGAAUUUUUUUUUUAAUCCCGCCUCCCCUCUCUCUCUCUUAGUGGGCAGUUUCAGUAACUUGGGGUGGGGGGGGGGAGGAUGCAGUGCCCCUGAACGCUGGGGCUCGUGAGAUUGCAUUGCCAUAGGAAAUGGCUGCUUAGGCAAUCCGAAGUGUUCCCUUCGGGCACCUCGUAGGAAAAAGGACUGACAAGAAACCUUCCUUGUAGAAAAAGGCAAUAUAUAUUUUAAAGGUAAAGCUUCCUGUCUCUUUUUUUAAUCCCAGAUUUUCUGCUUUUACUUUAAAACGCUGAUAACAGCUGACGGUGAUGAUGUACAUAUAUGUAAAAAAAAAAAAAAAGAUUGUUGGACAGGAAGUCUUUUUUUUUUUCUGUCUUGGGUUUUUCCUUCCCUCAGCUUCGCUGUUACUUUUUGUAUUUCACCUGAUAAGGGGGAAAAAAAACCACAAAAUAAAAACAUGUAUUUUUUAAGGAAAGCAUUAGUCUCUCUCGUGAAAGGACAGAAUUUCCUAAAGAGGGAAGGAAGCUACAGUUUGCUUCUUGGCUGUUCUGAGAACGGAACAGAACGGCCAGGGAUGGUCAGAAGGGAUCCCACAGAGAGCACGUGUGGCUAGCUGGACCAAUCAGUGUGCAUUUUCCACAGGGGCUCCCCCUAAAUAUGCUAGGGAGAAGGUUAGCUGAUUGCGGGACGGUGGUGGUGGGGGAGGGAGUUGCCCCUCUUUGUCCUACUGGUGACAUCUUAAGCGGCAGGUUUUUCGCCUGCGAGCAGCAUUUGGGUUGGGAAAACCAAGACCGAGGCGUGCCCCGGCUUCCAGCACAAAGUGAGCGGCUGUGAUAAUAAGGCAACGGUUCCAAAGUCGGGGGGUGGGUCCAGGGGCCGUGGGGGAGAGGCUGUUUUGAAAACGCUGUAAAUAAUUGCUGUGCUUUUUUUGUGUGUGCGUGCCUGUUCAAAAACUCUCGGUUGGGUCUUCGUUGGCUUGAUAUUCUUUCUCAAGUGUUUUCUGGUGGCAGGAGGGGGGGGGGGGCGGGGAGGAGAGAAAGCAAAGAGAUUGUUCGGAGGCGAAGCCACCGCAGAAGCCCCUGAGAGUCUCCGGACUGUAUGAGUACAUUUAAUAAAACAACUAGUUCAACUGUUUGCAUAUCCUUCUUGUAAAUAAGCCUUCUUUUAAGUGUGCAAUAGGUGUGAGCACGCAGCUGAAGAGCAGAGCCAGAUAUUCCCUCCUGCGCUCUGCGAUUGUAGACCGACCACUCGGGCUUGGCCGCCAAAGGGCGGGACGUGAAGAGGGGCCACGACCCCGGAGAGAACCAUCGGAUGACGCACGAAUUGUGAUCCCGGCCGCAGAGACGCGCCCCGCCCCGUGAAACGUGCUCGGGAAGCGUGACUGUUCCUCUUAACGAUACACAAAUCUGGAUGCGGUGGAAGCGGUCUGGAAGGUUCCCCCGAGUAAAAAAAGCAAAGCGAUGGAUGUUGAGAGAUCCAGCUACCCCUGGCCUCCGCUCCUUCUCCCCUUAUUUUUGUAUUGUAUGCUAAUAAAGCGUUCUUGACUUGG